CGCCCACCUCUACCGACUUCUGUUUGUAGUACCCGAGCCUAAGGCCGUGUGGAAUGCUGAGCUCCGUGCCUUACGUCAGCGCAUCCUGCAGGAGGGUGGGCGUGCACUUCCUCUACAGGUGGUGCCCAUGGUCUCACCUGGGAGCGUGGAGGAGGUGGCAGAGCGGCGGGCCCUUCGCGUGGAGCUACGUGUCGACGCCGGGCUCGGAGCCGCUGCUGGGCCUCUCCGUCGGGCAGGCGGUGGACCGGGCCGAGCGGCGCUUCGGGGACAGGGAGGCCGUCGUGUCGGUCCACCAGGGUGUGAGGAAGACCUUCUCGCAGGUCAAGGAGGAGAGCGACCUCGUGGCCGCAGGAUUCCUGGCGGCAGGACUCGAGCCCGGGGACCGCCUGGGGAUCUGGGGACCCAACAGCUACGAGUGGUACCUCACGCAGUUCGCCGCCGCCAAGGCUGGACUCAUUCUGGUGAACAUCAACCCCGCCUACCGUCCCAAUGAACUCGAAUAUUGCCUCAACAAAGUCGGCGUGAAAGGCAUUGUGUGCGACGAGAAAUUCAAAACGUCAGAUUACUACAAGAUGCUGUGCGCCUUGGCACCUGAGCUGCCAUCCUCUGUACCGGGUGACCUAAACAGUGCCACACUCCCGCACCUUAAGAAAGUGUUCAUCCGGUCGCAAGAAAAAUUAAGUGGCACCUUCAGAUUCGGAGAUCUUUACGAAGCGGUGAAAGUUCCCACCGUAAGGGUAAAUGAACUGUCCUCUAAGAUACAGUUCGAUUCCGCCUGCAGCAUUCGGUAUACGUCCGGAACGACCGGUUUGCCGAAAGCAGCUGUCUUGUCCCACCACCAGAUCGUGAACAACGCUUACCACUCCAUCGGGAAGCGCAUCGGUUAUGGCGAAAAGCCUCAUCGUAUAUGUCUCUCCGUGCCUCUGUACCAUUGUUUUGGAUGCGUUGCGGGCACUGUUUGUGGUAUGCUUUAUGGGGCGACCUGUGUCAUGCCCAGUGCCAGCUUUGACCCCGAUGCCAUCGUCUGGACUCUGGAAAGAGAAAAAAUCACCUCCUGCUACGGAACGCCCACGAUGUUUGUCGACAUUCUGAACUCUCACCGCAAGAACCCGACGGAUCUGAGCGCCAUCUCGACGGGAAUCAUGGUCAUCGGCCGCAUCAAAGACAUGGUCAUCCGCGGCGGAGAGAACAUUUAUCCGGCGGAAAUUGAGAACUUCUUCAUGGGUCACCCGGAUGUGAUCGAGGCGCAGGUGUUCGGAGUGCCCGACGCCAGGAUGGGAGAGGAGGUGGCGACUUGGAUCAGAAAGGCCGAGGGUUCCAGCCUUUCGGACACGGAGCUCAGGGAAUGGUGCAAAGGAAAGAUCGCUCAUUAUAAAGUACCGCGUUAUAUGCUGUUCAAGGACGAGUUCCCACGGACGGUCACGGGCAAGAUACAGAAGUUCAAGAUGCGGG